AUGGGUCGACUGGAGACAGGGAACGCGCGUGAAUGGCUGCGAAAUUUCCCCCCUUUUACCUCCUACCUCCAGCAAGUCGCCAAUGGGAACGGUAUCAAAAAAUGUGACCCUAAAUGGGUGGACCAAGACCCCUGGGGAAGUGCAAUCUUUGAGAUUGUAGCCAUUGAGCAGCAUCGGGUCUCGGUGGCUAUCGGCUCACAUCUAGCUUGCUCUAAGAAGCAGCGUAAGGCGCUCAUCGACGAGAAAUCCGUGAAUAUGGUCCUAGUGGCUUUUCUCACGUUCCUCGGCGCGAGGUACCCGUCGAUGAAAGGCACCUGGACACCCUGCCAGAGUACUGAUGGGCGUGAUGGGCGAAAGUGUCAUCACUCGCCGUACAGGUCAUGGUUCUUGAAUAGUGUGGCAGACAUGGAAGAUUUGGGUCGUCAUAAGCAUUGUGAUGAGCGAUUGUUUGGGCCUCUUGUUCUACGCCCUGAGGUAGAAUGGGAAGGCGAAGGCGAGGGAGGCAACCCCUGGAAGUCUAACCCACACCCACUGUGGAUCAGCACUCCUCCCGCAGACGACCAGGACGGCCCGACCAGAAAUAACUCUGUGCGGACAUGUGAAGCAUGUCAAUUCUUUUCGAAGAAACCGACUGCGGGGCCGUCUCGACGUAUUCAAGAGCUAGAGCCUCUGAACAUGAUUGGGAUGGAUUUCCUCGGGCCGAUAAAGCCUCAGUGUUCCAUAGGGGCAAGAUAUGUGCUCGUCGUGAUAGAUUACUUCUCCAGGUUCAUCUGGGCCUGGGCGACGGAAGGCGCCGGAGGCUCAGAGGUCGAGCGUUUCUUUGAGAUUGUCUUCUUUUUCAUGAUUUUUCGAUCUUUCGGACUCUUCUUGAAUAUGGGUUCCGGUGAUUUUGCAGAAGCAACUUCUCUCUUGUAUCAGGACAAGCGAGGGUCCCUCGGAUAUUUCGAACGUCUGCCCCGUCCGAUCGAGGGUGGGUCAUCGGGGCUCCUAGAAACCCUCCUGAUCGGAGAGCUCCUCGAUAUCCUCUGGAUCAUCGAUCACUCGUUGAAGGAUCUCGUCCACUCCUUCUUCAUCAAUGCAUAUCACUGGCAGCUCUUCCAAACACUCGAUUGGAGCAAGUGCGGUAUCUAG